CAGAUGACGAUGAAUGUACGUUGAACACUCAUAACUGCGACAUUAACGCUGUUUGUAGUACCAUUCCAGGAUCAUUCUCGUGUAAUUGCAAUCCAGGAUACUCCGGAGACGGUGUAACUUGUACAGAUGAUGAUGAAUGUACCUUGAACACUCAUAACUGCGACAUUAACGCUGUUUGCAGUAACAUUCCAGGAUCAUUUACGUGUAAUUGCAACCCAGGAUACUCUGGGGACGGUGUAACUUGUACAGAUAACAAUGAAUGUACCUCGAACACACAUAGCUGCGACAUUAACGCUGUUUGCAGUAACAUUCCAGGAUCAUUCUCGUGUAAUUGCAAUCCUGGAUACUCCGGAGACGGUGUAACUUGUACAGAUGAUGAUGAAUGUACCUUGAACACUCAUAACUGCGACAUUAACGCUGUUUGUAGCAACAUUCCAGGAUCAUUCUCGUGUAAUUGCAAUCCAGGAUACUCCGGAGAUGGUGUAACUUGCACAGAUGAAAAUGAAUGUACUUUGAACACACACAACUGUGAUAUUAACGCUGUUUGUAGUAACAUUCUGGGAUCAUUCUCGUGUAAUUGCAACCCAGGAUACUCCGGAGAUGGUGUAACUUGUACAGAUGACGACGAAUGUAACUUAAACACACAUAACUGUGACACCAACGCUGUGUGUAGCAACAUCCCGGGAUCAUUCUUAUGUAAUUGUAAUUCAGGUUACUUUGGGAAUGGAACACAUUGUGAAGUGGUUGGUCAUAAUCGUAGGCAGGGACGCGAUUAUCGACGCUACCAAGGUCAGAGGUUGAUAAAUCAUACCCUUGAUGUGGCAAGGUCAAGAUCGAGAAUUGACUGUGCUCGUCUUUGUAUCACAAAUCUUUCCUGUCAUGCUUUCAAUUUCAAUAAUAAUGGAGUCGCCCACAAUUGUGAAUUGCUGUCUUGUAAAAUGGAUGAUUCGCCGCCAUCAGAUAGGGUUAUUGAUACGGAGUGGAAUUAUUACGAUGUUCAGAUGCGUAUCGAGGAAUAAAACUUGAGACAGUUUUACAGACUAUCAACAUAUGAGCUCUUUGAGGUUCUAGAUAAAGGUUUAAUGUGUUUUUUUAGUUUUUUUUUAUAAAUCUUUCAUAAUUUUCAACAUUAAAAUCACGCCUUUCUUCGCAACGAAAGUGACAUCUAUCACAUGAAGUAGAUUUGCAUAUUUUAUCUCCAGUGGAUCAGUAUGUCUAUGGUAUACCUUCCAUCUGAGAAUAUGAAUCCUAUCGAUCUUAUAUAUUAUUCACCUGCCAUUAUUUAGAAUAUAUAUACUUGUAG